GCAGAAUAAAAACAUUUCCAAAAUAUGAAGCUUAGUGUGGAUGGUUUAUUAGUUUAUUUCCCAUAUGAAUACAUAUAUCCCGAGCAAUAUGCUUAUAUGCUCGAGCUGAAACGCACACUUGAUGCAAAAGGUCAUUGUUUGUUGGAAAUGCCUUCUGGGACUGGAAAGACAGCCACAUUAUUGUCUUUGAUUGUAGCUUAUAUGCUUGAAUAUCCAGAGACUGUGCGGAAACUUAUAUAUUGCUCGCGUACAGUACCAGAGAUAGAAAAAGUCAUCGCUGAAUUGCAGAGCCUUAUGAAAUACUAUGAAAGGCAUGCACAACCUACUGGUCUAACUGGAUUAGUAUUGAGUUCACGUAAGAAUAUGUGUAUUCAUCCACAAGUAAGUGGGGAGCGUGACGGCAAAAGUGUUGAUGCAAAAUGUUUUGGUUUAACUGCGAGUUAUGUGCGAGAUCGACAUUCAGUAGAUGCAGACACACCUAUAUGUCAGUAUUACGAGGGUUUCAGUUGUGAAGGUAAGGAGUCAACAUUACCCUGCGGUGUUUAUAGUUUAGAUGACCUAAAGGAAUUUGGACGUAUGAAAAAUUGGUGUCCCUACUUUUUAGCACGACAUGCAAUACUACAAGCUAAUAUUGUAGUUUACAGUUAUCAUUAUCUUUUGGAUCCAAAAAUUGCUGAAGUGGUAUCUAAGGAAUUAACGAAAGAAUCAUGUAUAGUUUUUGAUGAAGCACAUAAUAUAGAUAAUGUUUGCAUUGAUUCGAUGAGUGUUAAAAUCAACAGACGCAUAGUUGACCGCAGCACAAAUGCAUUAAAUAAUUUACAGAAAUUAGUAGAAGACAUACGCAAUGAUGAUAUAAAUCGAUUAAACGAAGAGUAUCAACGAAUGGUGCAAGGUUUGAAAGAUGUUAGUGAACAACGUGAAACAGAUAUGGUUCUAGCAAAUCCCAUUCUGCCAGCUGAUGUUUUGAAAGAGGUUGUUCCCGGUAACAUAAGAAAUGCUGAGCAUUUUCUUAGUUUUUUACGCAGAUUUGUAGAAUAUUUAAAAACUCGGUUGAGAGUUCAUCAUGUUGUACAGGAAUCUCCCGCAGGUUUUUUAAAAGAUGUUCAGAGCAAAAUUUGCAUUGAACGCAAACCACUGCGAUUUUGCGCUGAGCGUUUAUCAAGCAUGAUGCGCACUCUUGAAAUAACAGACCCAGCUGAAUAUGGCAGUCUGACAUUGAUAGAAAUGACGAAUUGA